AUGCGGUAUUUCAGUAAAAUGUGUACGAGCAAAGUACGUCUUGACGGCAAAACUGUUGUAAUAACAGGGGCAUGUAGUGGUAUCGGCAAGGAGACUGCCAGGAAUUUAUACGCAAAAGGCGCUAGAGUAAUUAUGGCUGAUGUAAAUAUGGAACUAGCAAAUGAAGCAAUUGAAGAUAUAAAAAAUAAUCCACCGUCAAGAAUAAAAAGGAAUGAAUAUAAAAAUAAUGUAGGUGAGCUUGAUAUUUAUUUUCUGGACCUAAGUAGUUUUAAGAGCGUGAGAAAUUGCGCUAAAAACUUGCUGACAAACGAAGCAGCUAUUCACAUACUUAUAAAUAAUGCCGGUGUGAUUAUGCCUUCAUAUGAGAAGACGGAAGAUGGAAAUGAAAAAACACUACAAGUCAACUAUCUUGGCCAUUUCCUUUUGACACUUUUAUUACUGCCAAAAAUGCAAUUAUCUUCUCCCAUCUGCAGAAUAAUCAAUGUCUCGUCAUUUAUACAUAUUUUUGCUGACAUAGAUUUUGAGGAUAUUAAUAGAGAGAGAUCUUAUUCACUAUUAAAAUAUUAUGCACAAAGCAAACUGGCAAACAUCCUGUUCACUAAGGAACUUUAUAAAAAAUUUAUACAAUUUUCAGAGGCAAAUAUUCAUGGAAUAAACGUUUAUUCCUUAAAUCCUGGUGGAACAAGAACAAAAUUAUUUUGGAAUGUCGGUGAUGCAAUAUUUUCAAAUGUACCUUCUUGUCUACUUUUUAUAUUCACGCAUUUAAUAUUUAACAAUGCUGAAACAGGAGCACAAACGACAAUAUAUUGUUCAGUGGAUGAAAAGACAGCCACUGAGACCGGAUUUUAUUAUUCAAAUUGUGGAGUUACUACUACAUAUCGAAAGGCAAAUAAUCAUCAAUAUGCCGAAAAAUUGUGGAAUAUAUCCUGUCGUCUUUUGCAUCUGGAACCGGAAGAUUUUACUACAUUUUUGGAAACCGUUUCACGACAAAUGCUUUAG